UCUGGCCCCAUGGCAGUUUCAGGAAUUAAAUCAACAUUGAAGCUGAAGCCCCUCAAAGCACCCAUCUUUCACAAAAGGUAGGUAAUAAAAGAUUUACGAGCAUCUCUUCCCUGUCAUUUACAACAUAAAGAUGUGAGGCUGAACUCUUCACAACUGGAAGCCUUCCGAAAUGCUUACAACUUCUUCACCAAGGAUAAGACUGGCUGUAUUGAUUCACAUGGAUUGAUGAGCACCUUAGCUAAGCUCGGGAUGAGUCUAAACACAUAUGAUAUCUACAAUGAAUUAAAAUGUGCUGAUCUUGACAGAGACGGUAAGAUCAACUUCUCAGACUUUUUAGGGGUGCUGACAGAUAAGAAACUCUUCCUCAAGGCUGUGGUUCCCGAAAAGAAACUGUGUUUAGAUUUCGCUAACAACCCCGGGAUCUUAUUAUUUGAAAUCCUAUCAAAACUUGUAGAGACUUCAUCCCUGCACAGAAAGGAUGUAAUAGAGCUAGUAAGCUAUUUCCGAAAAAAAUUCCAGGAAAGCCACUCGGAAAUGCCAUGGAGUCCGUAUGGGAGAAGGGGCUUUAGGCCAGAUAUAUGCACUCCUCCGCGCUCAAGUACUGCUGCCUUUGCCAAUUCUGCCAAGAUCUCGAUAAUGAAAGAAAAGGAUUUGUAUAAGUUUCUUGAAGCACUCAAGCGGUGUGAUCUCCCUACAGGUAGCCCGUACUCAAAAAUACCUGUCUUUCCGUUGUUCCCUGAUGUGGACGGGGUGGUGAUGGGAAAGCCAUUCAGAGACAUACAGAAGCUAGAGAUGCUAAGGAAAAAGGAACCUCUGAGUUUCUUCGAGGACUAUUUUUUCCAUAAAAGAGACUGGAAAGCACAGGCCGCAGCUGUGAAGCCUGUCAGGUCCGCCUCAGGCUACUCAGAUGACAUCCUAGCCAUCGACCACCUCUUCAAGAAGAAGCAGCACUGGACCGUGUCCGAUGCAGUGGCCCUCAAACAGCAUGUAAAGAGAGCCACAGAUGCCUAUAACUUAGGAAUUGCCCUCGAGCACCGGAAAGAAAUGCUGAAUCUUUGGAGAAAGAUCCGAGGGGAUUUGAUUGGGAUUGAGACCAACAAUGAGUCCUUCUACAACACCUUCUCCACGUACACAUGGUCCUGGAACGUCUGCCAGGAGCUGCUUACCGCUAAGGACUUGCGGCUGCACGACAGCUACCUGAACAGAAACUCCUCCAGCAGUUCUGGGUUGUCUUCCCCAUCAGACCUCAGCGAGUAUGACCUGGAGACAGGACGGAAAAGGAAACGGAAAGGUUUCAGAGGGUUUCGGCAAUGA